GUGUACUUGUAUAAUUACAGUUCCUCUUAAACAUAUUAUUUCUCCUUGUGCGUGAGAUGUGCGUGUUAUCAUUGCAUUCUAUACACUAAGACAAAUUUUUAAGGAUAAAAAAAAAAUGCUACGAAAAUCUCUAAAUUUAGUACCAAGACGUCACGAGAUCCAACAAUGUGCAUAUUCCAGCAAACUGGAUGCCAUAAGAGAGAAACUAAGAGAAGGACCGGGUUUAAGUGAGUUUAUAUCUGAGGAUAGACCUAAAAACUGGGACGAUUAUGAGGGGAAAUUGAAAAGGGAGAAAGGAGAGUCAGAGAGAUUGCGACUACCGCCUUGGUUGAAGACUUCUAUACCUACUGGUGCGAAAUUCAGUGCAUUGAAAGAACAAUUAAGAAGUCUAAAAUUAAGUACAGUCUGUGAGGAAGCAAGGUGUCCUAACAUUGGAGAGUGUUGGAGUGGUGGCAAACAUGGAACCUCUACGGCGACUAUUAUGCUAAUGGGUGACACAUGCACUCGGGGCUGUAUGUUCUGUUCUGUGAAGACAUCCCGAGCUCCCCCUCCUUUAGACCCAGACGAACCAAGGAACACUGCGAAGGCAAUACAUGAGUGGGGACUUGGCUAUAUUGUGCUUACUUCUGUUGAUAGAGACGAUUUGCCGGACGGUGGAUCGUCCCAUUUUGCUGAAACCGUCAGAGAAAUUAAAAAACAAAAUCAGGAGAUUUUAGUUGAAUGCCUUGUACCUGACUUUCGCGGUAACAGAAAUAGUAUUGCGAACAUAGCAAACUGCGGCCUUGACGUUUUCGCUCACAACAUUGAGACAGUGGAGCGACUUACGCCGUUUGUGAGGGAUAAGCGAGCCGGAUACAGACAGACACUCAAAGUGUUGGAGACGGCGAAGGAUAUCAACCCAGAUCUGAUUACUAAAUCCUCUAUUAUGUUGGGUCUCGGGGAAACUGACCAGCAAGUACAGCAGACGAUGAAAGAUCUGAGAUCAGUCGGUGUGGACUGUGUCACCCUAGGCCAGUACAUGCAACCCACUAAACGUCACUUGAAGGUCCACGAAUAUGUGACCCCGGCAAAGUUCAAACAGUGGGAAGAUGUCGGUAAUUCUCUGGGCUUUCUGUACACAGCCAGUGGACCCCUGGUACGGUCAUCGUACAGGGCUGGAGAAUUCUUUAUAACAAGCCUCCUGAAAGAUCGGAAGGCGAAGAGCUUGUGACCGGAAUAAUGAACGAAUGAUAUUGGGGCCAUCCAUACGAUCCGUCACACGAAUUUCACAAUAAAAAUUAUUUUUCGAUAAAAUCAACAUCAAUAUAUUUUUUUAAGUAACUCGUUAGUCGGUAUAUAUUGUCACAGAAUUUUGGACCUCUCCCCAACUCUUGUCACACAAUGUCAUACUUCGUCAACCCCCUGCCCCGCGAAAGUUGUGACGUAUUUUAUGGAUGACCUUGAACGAAAAAAAAAAGUUAAAAUAUACGUUGUUUAUUGUUGUAUUGUUUUAUUUAUUUUACUAAAUAUGUUUGAAUAAUUUGGGAAGAUUGUGAAUUAUUGAAUGAAUGAGUGAAGUGCAAAAUAAAGAAAAAAAAACACCAAAGCAUAGUUAUUGUAUUGUCACUCCUAAUAGUACCUCCUACACUUAACUGUAUUUCCACGAAAUCGUAAUACAUCUUUGUAUAAAAAUAAAACUUUUAAAACAUA